AUGUUCCCACUAAAAUAUUCAAAUAAGAGCUAUGCAUGCAACGCUAUAGAGCUACUGCGGGCUCGUUCUUCCGCGUCUUCCACUUCGUCUUCGUCGCUCUUCGCAAGCAUCAACAUCGACAUCGACUCAUCUCUUCUCCAGGAAAGUAAAAUAUUAGCACUCUGCAUCUCAUUGUGUGCGGUUGCACUCUUCUACCUUUUGACAAGCACCGUCCUUUGGACCGUAUCAAAGGCCACCUGCUCACACGCUAUUAGCGGUACCGUCUCCUUGCCGAUAAUGGUCGCGUCAUGCCGACGUAGAAUUGGGGAAAUGAGUCCGAUAAAGAGGAACAUCAAACGAGAGAUGGACGAAUCAAAAUCAACGUUGGUGGCACCGAUUUUCGAGACCACGGUAUUCUCAACAUUGGAUAACACUGUCCUGGUUUCCCUGAAAAACAAGAAAAAUUUUGUUCCUCCUUCUGACGAUGGUGUCAAAGAAGCUCUUGGAAGAGAAGCCGAAGUGCUGCUUUGUUUGAAGUGA